AUGCUAGAGAGUUAUGAGACAGCUGGAUACAAUGCAUAUAUGCGGAUAGUGAAACAAGGAAGAAGGUCUAAUCGAGUGAAAGCUAAGGUCAAAAGGCCAAUAAACGUUCCCGGACGAGCCGAUAAGCUGCAUAAUAGUAAAAUACCAGUUGCAUUUCUCUACUUUCCUUUUUCUUAUUCGAUAUGUGCGAUGUCAUGUAACCUGUACAAUCGACUGGGAAUAUUGAUUGAUUUUCAAUCAACUAUGUAUAACUUUUUUGUUAAACUAAUCAACUUUCUCUAUGAGAGGGUAGAAUUAAAUAUCAAAAUAAUAAUAUUAAAUAAUAAACUAAAAGUAUCAAAUACCAAUUUGAUCUCUUUAAAAUGA